UGCGCGCCCGCAACUGGCAUUACGAAACGCAGCGCUGACGUCGUAUUUGCUUUGAGUUUGUAAGCCACUUUGAUCUACUUUGCAGCAGCAGCGGCAGUGGCGGCAGCAGCGGUAGAAGACAAUGCUUUUCUUUUUGGCUUUGUGUGCGGCGUUUUUUCCACGCUCGUGUGCGUCGCUGUGCCUGGCGCUUGUCGUGGAAAACACUUUCACUGCACAUGAUGAGGCAGUGACACGACUUCGGCGUUGUCUUUCUCGCAGUCGUCGUGAACUUCUUGUGGGUGCUGCUGCGUCUGCGGCUGUGUGUGUCUGCGUGUGUGUGUGUGUGUGUAUGGAAGCGCGACCGAGCGAGUUUCUCGGUCUCGCAUGCUUUGCCAGAGCUGAGAGCCCAUUUUCGAUUCAACUGUGGACCAGACCAGGUGGUGUCUCUUCCGCGUCUACUUAACAUAUUCAUCCCAUACAACACUUCAAUGUGCUGCGAGAGAUUAGCAUCAUGCCAGUAUCAGGAUCAGACUGCUUGAGCAGAGGGAAUAGUUUCAUAUGCCUAUUCUUACUUGGCGCACUCCUGCAAGCUGCUGUCAGUCAGUCUUACCAAGCGCCGCAUCGCUGUUCGAAUCGUCUGGAAAACGCGCUCGAGCAUAUGCGCCGCCGCAGCGCUCAAACUAAGGGCUCUUCUCGAGCUCGCUCGCGCUCCAUGUGGGAGCAGUCCUUGUCUCCCUAUCAGUUAUAUAACAGCUUCUACGGCCAGCAAAGCGAGCCCGAGGACGAUUUCUACAAUGUGGGGGGCAGCAUGAACUAUGGGCGUGGCUAUUAUGCCAAGCGUAUUCGACGCACUGGACGUCCUUAUCAAUUUGGCGACACAUCUGACAGUGGCAUUAGCAAUAGUGCUUUAGAACUUGAGGAGCUGCUUUCAUCCCACCAACAAAAACAACACCAGCAGCAGCAGCAGCAACCACAUUAUCAGCAUCGGCAACCACACAAAUUGGCCAUAUCGCGAGUGGAGGUGGAGGAUCUUAAGGUACGGGUGCCGCCAGCGAAGGCCUCUUCGCGCUGGGUGGAGAUUGACAAGUGCAAGUUCAGCACCGAGAACUCCACUUUGGAUACGCGUCUCAUUUUUCCAGAUUUGACACUCAGCGGGAGGAUAGUUAUGCAGCCCGCCGGCGGACGUUGUAAUAUGAUAUUGCGAAUGAGGCAUGCCGGAAUCGAGUUCCGCACAGUUCCGUUGAGUCCCGCUGCAUCGGGACCCUCGUAUGAGCAGUCGCGCAGAAUAGGCGCCGCCUCCGUACGCACAGACUCGCAUUUUGCGGAGCCUGGCUUCAUUUCCGUAUUUGCCCAUGGCUGCCAAGGACCGACUGGCAUUAGACUACGGCAAAAUUCAAAGCGACGGUUCGGUUACGGUGAGGGCGCUGCACCACAGGUCGAGCUGGGCGAACCACAAGUUAUUUUGGGUAGCGCUGGCAAGUAUCAUAAACCGGAUUACGAUAUUCGACUGGAGCAAACCACCCAACGAGAUCAGAGUCUGACCUUUGGAAGCAAUGAGGAAUUUGGUAACUCAAAUGAGUUCUUUGAUGUGAACGGCGAUAACUUCUACCGUCGGCGACAGUUGGGGAAGCGUCGCCGACGGCGUCGUCGCAAUGUUGAUUUCUCCGAUGAAAUCCAUUUCAAUGAAGACGUUCUGCAUUUUGAAGACGAGCAGCUGCAGCAGAUGGUUGAACCAGACGCCCGUGCAUUUGCUGAUAUAUUUAGUGGUAGCAGUGGCAUCAACGCCAACGAGGACUUCGUGAGUGAUGCAAUGACCAAUGAGCUGGAGAAGCUCUUUUCGAUGGGCGUGCGAGGCUUGCUUACUACUUACAUGCAGCGAGCUCUUCAGCCGGCGAUUAAGGAGACGCUCAUGGAGAAUAUGGGAUAUACGCUUAGUUAUGGAUAAGACUUGUUAUAUAAGUAAAAGUGUAAAAGUGUGUCUGAAUGAAAUAAAGCUUUAAG